AAGUGCUAAUUAUGAUUGAAGCACUCUAUGAGGUAUUUUCGCAUAUCCAGUAAUUUGCGUGUUCUCUAAGGAAUGCAUGGAGUACAAAUACGAUACACUUUAACGUAGCGAGUGAAUUACUAAAAACUCCAAAUUACUUCAAUAAUUUUGGGUCAUCCAAAAAAAAAAGGCUUCUGCACUGGUUGAUAGGAAAACCAUGAGCAAUCACCUUAAGCCUGGGUUGAAUGACUGAGUGAAAAAUGCAGAGACUAAGAGCUUCCGCUCCUUCCUUCCUCAAAUCAUUCAAAUUUCCACAGCUGAAUCGCAAAGCUUCCAAUACAUGGUCUGCAGUUCAGGAUACCUAUUUCUCUACCAAGGACGUAUUCGAGAGGCACCGGGUGGUAUUCACUGUCGGGACAUCCAUAGCAUCAGUAGCAACUGCAUGGGCAGGGUAUUCCUUAAGAUAUCUUCAUCAGUCAAAGGUUGAAGAGCGUCUCAACUCAAUUGAGCAAGCGAUGACCAAAACCUAUCAGGUGGAGCAGGAACAAAUCAAGAAAAUUGUCAAUGCUGGACAUAUUAGCUAUGAAGCUCUUGCAGCAACUGCAGCAACCUCUCUAAUUGUUGGGUAUGGGCUUGGUUGGCGAGGUGGUAAAUGGCGUGCCAACAAAAUAUUCCGUAAGCAGCAGCAGCAGAAGCUUCUGGGAUCAAACAAGCCUCAAAAGUGGCGGUUCUUGAGAAAACCUUUUUUACAGCUAAGAAAUUCUGAAUCUAAGGUAGAGUCCAGAGUCACAAGCGUCAAUGCUUCCAAUUCUGGGAAGGCACAACUAUCCUAAUCGGGAAUCUCCUUUCUAAUCUGUCAGUGCAAAACUUUAUUUUUAUUUUUUACUUCCAUUUAUGUCUCCUAAGACUUCUACGAGGGACUAUUUUCGGAAUUAGAGAUAGAUCCUUGAAAGUCAUUUUGUUAGUGCUCCAAAUAUUUUCUCUCCGGCCUAUCCUUUUAUUUCCUUCUGAAAAAGUGCCACACUCAAAAAGUUAGGACAAUCAGGUAAAUUUGUCAGAACAUAGCCCGUGAACUAGCUGUUCCAGUGCAAUAGUAAUAUCAAAGUUUCAAAUAUAUAUGUUUCUUACAUAAAAAGUUCUUCCAUGGGAAACAACUUGCUGUUCGGUUUGCAAUUGUUUAGAAAAUCAUUCAAUAUGCAAUUUUUCUUCUCCUUUCAUAGACAA